CAACUUCUCUCCUGUCCGAGUGAAGGGGAGGGAGAGGAAAUUGAGCCAGGAUGCUCAGCCAUCUGCUGCUGCUGGUCCUGGCGGCACUGUCUGUCUUCCUGUCUGUGUCCACUGGAGGCAAAGUGCUGGUGUUUCCUGUGGAUGGCAGCCACUGGGUGAACAUGAAGGUCAUCAUUGAGGAGCUGCACUCCCGAGGCCAUGACAUCACCGUAGUGAGAAGUUCAAGCAGUUGGCUCAUUAAAGCAGAGUCUCCUCUCUACACCUCUCUCACCGUCCCAAUGGGCCAGUUUGAUUACGACGAGGUGGACGACCUGGCAACAGCACUUUUGAAUAUACGCAUGAAAGGCAGAUCGUCUUCUACAGAGUCAGAAAUAAUGAAUUUGGUAGUGGAGCGGUUCGCGGAAAAUCACAAGAACAUUUGCACAGUGGUGACUAAGAUGUUUGAAGACGAGAGUCUAAUGAGGUCACUACGGGAUGCAAAAUACGACCUGGUCCUGACGGAUCCUGCUUUCGGAGGCGGGGUGUUCCUCGCACACCGGCUUCGUCUGCCGCUGGUGCUGAAUGUGAGAUGGACUGUGCGUGGAGAGGCUCACCUCGCCAUUGCCCCGUCCCCUCUCUCCUACGUCCCCUCUCUAGGGGCUGAGCUGACGGACAAGAUGACGUUCUUCCAAAGACUGCACAACGUCAUGAUUUACAUGGGCAGUCAGUACUAUUUCAGUGGAAUGAAUGAGCCGCACUACACAGAUCUCACCAAACGCUACUUUGGUGCUGACGUCACCGACUACUUCUCCCUGUUCCAGGACGCCGACCUGUGGCUCAUGAGGAACGACUUCACCUUCGAGUUUCCCCGCCCAACUAUGCCCAACGUGGUGUACAUGGGCGGGUUUCAGUGCAAGCCCGCUAAGCCACUUCCUGUUGACCUGGAAGAGUUUGUACAAAGUUCAGGGGAACACGGGGUCAUCAUCAUGUCCUUGGGGACGUUGUUUGCUAAGCUCCCAAAUGACGUCACAGAGGAGAUAGCUGCCGGUUUUGCGCAGCUUCCCCAAAAGGUCAUUUGGAGACACCAAGGGCCCAAACCGUCCACUCUUGGCAACAAUACCUUACUGGUGGACUGGAUGCCCCAAAACGACCUACUGGGCCACCCAAAGACCAAAGUGUUUGUGGCACACGGAGGCACCAAUGGUGUCCAAGAGGCCAUCUAUCACGGUGUUCCCAUACUUGGCUUGCCUUUGGUGUUUGAUCAACCUGAUAACCUCUCCAGAAUGGUCGUGAGAGGAACAGCAAAGGUGGUGGACAUUGCCACCAUGGACAGAGCCGCAUUUCUGGAGGCACUAAAGGAGGUGCUGUAUGAACCGUCCUACAGGGAGAACAUGCAGCAGCUCUCCAGGAUCCACCAUGACCAGCCCAUGAAGCCUCUGGACCGCGCCAUCUUCUGGAUCGAGUUUGUGAUGCGGAAUGGAGGCGCCCCUCACCUUCGCACACAGUCCUUCAGGAUGUCCUGGAUUGUUUACCAUUCUGUAGACGUCAUGGUAACACUGAUGACUGCUUUGCUUCUCCUCCUACUGAUUCUGUUCCUGAUCACCAAGAAAUGCCUCUCAGUCUUAGUUAAGAAGUAAAGUGAAAUCUGUAUAAUGUGUUCAUCAUCUGUAAAGGGCAAAGAACUACUACAUAUUUUCAGAUCUGCUGAUAUUGGGG